CCAACUCCGCCUCCCUUCUCUCUCUCGUUCCCUCUUAUACCAACUUCGCCCCAGAACCCCUUUAUCAAAGGAACCAAAAAAAUUUCAAAAUUAAAUCAAAUAAAAAUGAGUCUUCCUCUAAUACUCACCGUCUCCAUCAUCGCCUUCUUCUUAACGUACAAGCUUUACCAAUGGCUAAGGUUCAAGCUCCCACCAGGUCCACGCCCAUGGCCGGUGGUCGGCAACCUUUACGACAUAAAGCCUAUUAGGUUCCGGUGUUUUGCGGAAUGGGCGCAGGUGUACGGCCCCAUUAUAUCUGUUUGGUUUGGUUCCACUCUCAACGUGAUCGUGUCGAAUUCGGAACUGGCUAGGGAAGUUUUGAAAGAGCAUGAUCAACAGUUAGCUGAUAGGCAUCGGAGUAGAUCGGCAGCCAAGUUUAGCAGAGAUGGACAGGACCUUAUAUGGGCCGAUUAUGGACCUCAUUAUGUUAAGGUAAGGAAAGUAUGCACGCUGGAGCUUUUCUCUCCGAAGAGGCUUGAGGCUUUGAGACCUAUUAGAGAAGAUGAGGUUUCCGCCAUGGUUGAAUCCAUCUUUCUCGACUGCACCAAUCCUGAAAGCCUGGGUAAAACUUUGCAAGUAAGGAUAUACUUAGGAGCAGUGGCAUUCAACAACAUAACAAGGCUAGCAUUUGGGAAGCGUUUUGUGAACUCCGAUGGCAUAAUGGAUGAGCAAGGCCAUGAAUUCAAGGCCAUUGUGUCUAAUGGGCUUAAGCUAGGUGCAUCACUCGCCAUGGCUGAACACAUUCCAUGGCUUCGUUGGAUGUUUCCAUUGGAGGAGGAGGCUUUCGCCAAGCAUGGGGCAAGGAGGGAUCGUCUCACCCGAGCUAUCAUGGAGGAGCACACCCUAGCCCGCCAAAAGAGCGGCGGAGCCAAGCAGCAUUUUGUUGAUGCCUUGCUUACGUUGCAAGACAAGUAUGACCUUAGCGAGGACACUAUUAUUGGACUUCUUUGGGACAUGAUUACUGCAGGCAUGGACACAACAGCAAUCUCAGUCGAGUGGGCAAUGGCUGAGCUUAUUAGGAAUCCAAGAGUGCAGAAAAAGGCACAAGAGGAGCUAGAUCGUGUGAUAGGAUUCGAAAGGGUGAUGUCUGAAACUGAUUUCUCUAAUCUGCCUUACCUUCAAAGCGUAGCCAAGGAAGCACUAAGACUGCACCCCCCAACUCCUCUAAUGUUACCCCAUCGUGCCAAUGCAAAUGUGAAAAUCGGUGGCUACGACAUCCCCAAGGGAUCAAACGUGCAUGUUAACGUAUGGGCAGUAGCCCGAGAUCCAGCUGUGUGGAAGGACCCUGAAGAGUUCCGGCCAGAACGGUUCCUAGAGGAGGACGUGGAUAUGAAGGGUCAUGAUUUCCGAUUGCUUCCAUUUGGUGCAGGGAGGAGGGUGUGCCCUGGUGCACAGCUCGGGAUCAACCUGGUGACAUCCAUGUUGGGUCACUUGUUGCACCACUUUUGUUGGACAACAGCGGAGGGAGUGAAGGCUGAGGAAAUUGACUUGCUUGAAAACCCUGGACUGGUUGCUUAUAUGCGGACUCCAUUGCAAGCUAUUGCCACUCCUAGGCUGCCUUCUCAUCUCUACAAACGUGUGGCCGCGGAUAUGUAAGUUUUUUCCCUAAACUUCUAAUUCUUAUUGCUCUUAGCAUUAGAUUUUGAAUUCUGAACUUUUUUCUUUUGCAAGUUCUGUUGUAUUAUCAAUUAUGUCUCAUGUGAUUUGUGACCGGUCGCGUGAAAGAAGACCAAAUAAAAACGCAGUGAGAUACAUUAUACUA